UUCGUUUGCUGCGUUUUAAUCAAGUGAUUGAUAUUUUAACAAUAAAUCGAAUAUAAAACAUAUUUUAACACCAACUAAAAACGUUAUCUUGUUUUCACGUCGCUUCCUUUCAAGAUGUUAAAAGCGUGAUUUACGAAUACUAUUUUGGAAACGUUAUUUUGAUGAGAACGUAAACAUGUCCAGCAGUAGUUCUGAGAGUAGCGAUGACAGCCGUCAUGACAAAUCACGGAAAAGACGUAAACACAGACGCGACGAGAGUCCUAACCAAGACAGGCGAACGAGCAGAAAGGAAUCAAUCGGCAAGAAUAAAAAUUACAGAGAUAAUAGAGAAGGUAGGGACGUUCAUAAAUUUACCAGAGACGUAAGAAGAGAAAAUAAUGAUGUGCAUCGUGAUAGAUCGCAACGCGAACGGGAUAGAGAAUAUAGGGAUAAUCGCUAUGAGCAUCCAAGGAGAGAAGAAGAAAAGCAACAUGAUAGAAGGAGGUAUGAGAGAUCUCCUAUGAGAAGAGAAGAACCUCGUCCAAGACACAGAGAUUAUGAAGAAAAAAAUAGAAAGUACAGAGAUACUAUUGAGUAUACUAAGAAACACGACAAUAUGAACAGAGGAAGGAGAAAUAAUUUUGAAGAUGGAAAAAUGGAAAGGGAUGCUCCUUCGCCAGAAUGGGGUAAACCUGCUGUAAAAACAGAAGCUAAACCAAAGCCUCAAGAGAAAGAGAAACCAAAUUUUGAAUUGUCUGGGAAACUGACAGAGGAAACAAACACUGUAAAUGGUGUAGUUAUUAAAUACUCUGAACCUGCAGAUGCACGUAAACCCAAGCGCAGAUGGAGGUUAUAUCCAUUCAAAGGAGAGAAAGCAUUACCUACUUUGUAUGUGCAUAGACAAUCGGCAUAUUUAAUGGGCAGAGAUCGUAAAAUUGCAGAUAUUCCUUUAGAUCAUCCUUCGUGUUCUAAGCAACACGCAGUUUUACAAUAUCGUUUAGUAUCUUUCCAAAGAGAAGGAGGUGGUGAAGGUCGAAGAAUUCGUCCUUAUCUCAUAGAUUUAGAAUCAGCAAAUGGUACAUUUGUAAAUAAUAUAAAAUUAGAACCAAGGAGAUACCAUGAAUUAUUAGAAAGGGAUGUGGUACGUUUUGGAUUCAGUUCCAGAGAAUAUGUUGUAUUACACGAACACAGCAAAGAUGAUUCCUUAGAUGAUGAUGUUCCCUUAACUACUACAACUACAACAACUACUGUCACUGCUACAACAUAGGUA